AUGUCCGUUAGCAUACCUCUAGCUCCACCUUUCAAAGUAAAAGCACGAUAUGGUUGGUCGGGUCAAACUAAAGGCGAUCUGGGGUUUUUGGAGGGAGAUGUGAUGGAAGUGACUAGGAUCACUGGUGAUUGGUUUUAUGGCAAAUUAUUACGAAACAAGAAGUGUUCAGGGUAUUUCCCCAACAAUUUCGUGAAUGUUUUAGAAGAGCAACUAAACAAGAGUACCCUUGCAGAGAGUCCUGAGGUAGUUAACACACCAAGUAAAGUAAUCAUACCGCCAAUUCCCGCUAGAUCAAGAGGUAAAUCAUCCGUUUCAUCCACACCUUCAGACUCAAAGCAGUCCUACAGAAAAAGGGUAUCACGAGUUUAUGAGCAGCAGUCACAUUCGGCCCCAAACUUACCGCAGGAUGUGGCUGUGAGCAGAACCAGUUAUCCGAAAUCGAGGACUACCACUGAACGAACUAGAAGGUCUCGUGAAUGCUAUUCUAUAAAUGAUAGUUUACCGCCUCUUCCACCAAUUCCUAGCAUGCAGAAGACAGAGAAACUCACACAGAGAGUUCCGAAAUCCUACUCGUCGAGUGAUCUACCCUCGUCAGCCAAUUCUAACAAUCUUUACAGAGACAACCAGAGUUUUUACGAUGGUUAUUAUCCAUCGAAAAGAUCAUCGCUCACAGAAGAAUCCAAUUCUUCCGGUUUAUUCUCUAACUCGCGGUACUGGGGGACUUCAGCGGCAAGCAGUGAAGAUAGCUUUGCAUUGAUGAGUGAUUUCAGCGCUACAAGUGCCGGUAGUUUUGCUAGGCAUAGGUUUGCUCAGUCUUUCACGGACUCUUUAGAGAGAUCUCAAAGUCCAUCGAUCAACAACUCGGCUCAGAUGGGCAAUGGGAAGAAAGGAGGAAUCUUUAGAAGGAUCAUGACUAAAACGACUAGUGGCAACAACAGUGAAAUGCAUUCUCCUACACCCUCUGGCCAAUAUCCAAAAUUACCUGAUAUCAAGAAUCUGAACAUCUCUGCAACUCGUGACGAUGCAAGAGAUUGGCUAGCUGUCAAGACCCACCUUAACAGAUCAAGAUCCUUAACCAAGUACGAAAAGCACCCAAGAUACAUGAGAGCUCUUGAUCAAAAUCGUGAUCUUGUGCUGCACCCGCAGGACGCUAUUUACAAUGGCUUGAACACAAACGAAGUAACGUGUCAUGGUCAAGCCGGACUUAUUGAUAUAGAACUAUCGGAAUCGAACUUCGACUAUAUUGAUAAGAUGACAAGAAAACGAUGCGUCAAAGAUGGGUCUAUGAGGUUGACUAAUUGGGCUCAGACAACAUUUUCGGCACGGUAUUCUACCACGCUAGAGAAGCUAAGAGGUAUUUACAUCUUCUGCACGGAGACUUUUGAAUUAAUCGAUGAUCACGGUUCCACCGAUUUUUCGAAGAAGCCAAAGAACCUGGACACAGUUCUUUAUCAAAAGUACUGUACUCCUUACCAAUUACUUUGCUUGUUCAAAGCCUUGACGAAUGCGCUGGGCAUCAGAUGUGAAAGCGUGUUUGGAUUCUUGAAAACCCCAACUGCCAACAAUCACGAAUUCAAGUACAAUCACUGCUGGUUGCGUGUUCUUGUCAAUAAGGAAUGGCGUUUCAUUGAUGUAAUCCUGGGGAACAUCUCGAAUCCUGUGCAUGAGUUUGUCAACAACAGAAAAAUUACCAAAGCUGACGACGACUAUUUCCUAGUUGAACCAUUACGCUUCAUCUACACACAUAUACCGCAAAAGGAUUCUGAACAACAUAUUGUCCCCAGUAUCGACAGACUAUCUGCGUUGUAUUUGCCACUCGUGUUUCCCUCAUUCUUUAAUAACGGCUUAAAACUUUACAAAUACAGCACGGCACUCGCAUUCCUUGAAGACUCCGAGAUAUUUGAGUGUUCGCUUGAAGUUCCCAGCGAUGUUGAGGUGUUCGCAUCAAUGGUGAUCCCCACCCCGGAUCCUGGCAAGUCUCAUGAAUACAGGAAAAUGGAACUCGCUCUAGUGCAGGUCAAGAGACACAAAUCAGACAACUCACGCAGGAUAGCCGUCGUCAAAGCAGUAUUACCUCCAGGAUCCAAUAAAGGUACGCUUUACAUUCAUUCGGGAUUGAGAGGUACACAAACCUCAGUGGCGAAUGUACAUCCAUUGUCUAUGAUGGUGCCUCUAACUCAUUCGGGCUCAGAGAUGAAGUAUGAAUUUACUGCCCGCAAACCAUCUGAGAGUGUUCAAAAAGCCGAGAUGUACAUCGUUGAGCCUCAGAACAGGUUCCUAUUUCUUCAUAAUGAGUAUGACUUUGAGGUCAUUCAGCAUCCGUUUGACAGUGUCAUCUAUAGCCCUACCGCAUUAACUAAAAAUCGUCCACAACCUAUGGCUAUAAAAUCUCCUUCGGGGAAAAUCUACGAAUUACAGAAAAAUGAUCCACAUUUUGCAUAUGGUACUUGGAAAGCAACCAUCAGCUUGAAGGAAACGGGUGUCUGGACAGGUCUAGUGACAGCUGACUCAGGCGUCGGUUGGUGCGUCUUCGCCGAAUGGCUCUGCAUCUAA